UUGCUCGGAAUUGGGAUUGGGAUUUGCCCCUUCCAUUUAUCAUCCUCUUCAGUCCUCACCACUCUCUGGCUGCCUUCAAAGACUCAGCGACUGCAAUCAGACCAAACUAAAUUAUACAAGCUUGUCCAUGGCUGCUUCAUCCUCAUCUCCCAUCUUACCACUACAGCGGAAAUACGAUGUCUUCUUGAGUUUCAGAGGCCUUGAUAGCCGCAAGAACAUUAUUAGUCAUUUACAAGCUGCUUUGAAGCGAAACGGCUUUCGCACAUUUAAAGAUGACAAAAACUUGGAUAGAGGAAAGGAUAUUGAGGCAGGACUAUUCGAAGCAAUUGAGAAUUCAUCAAUGUCUAUUGUUGUGUUCUCAAAGAACUACUUUGCAUCAAAAUGGUGUCUGGCCGAACUUGAGAAGAUUAUGGAGUAUAGCAAGAACUUACAUCAUAUUGUUAUUCCCAUCUUUGUUGAUAUAGAGCCAUCUGAUAUACGAAAAUUAAAAGGGAGUAUUGCAGAAACCUUGGCCAAACACGAAGAAGAAGUUCCUAAGAUGGAGAAUUGGAGAGCAACUCUGACUGAAGUUGCCAGUUUGGCUGGUUUCGUCUCCAACAGUGAUAAGGAUGAAGCAAGCUUGGUUGAGGAUAUUGUUGAAGAGGUUCAAGGAAAAUUAAGUUUGCGCAUACCAUUAAAAGUUACAAAGCAUCCAGUUGGAAUAGAGCCUCGUUUACAAAAGGUACUUAAGGAGUUGUGCUUGGAGUCAUCUGAUGAUGUUCGCAUUGUUGCAAUAUGGGGAGUUGGCGGACUAGGUAAGACAACAAUUGCCAAAGCUGCAUAUAAUUGUAUUCGUAGCGGGUUUGAAGGUUGCAGCUUUGUCGCCAAUGUUAGAGAAACAUGGGAGCAAUCAAAGGGGAAUUUGCUUGCUUUGCAAAAACAAAUUCUAUCUGAUAUCUCAAAGAAUGAAAAUUAUAAAAUGGGAAGCUUUCAUGAGGGGGUUGAAUUGCUAAAACGCAGAGCUUUCUACGGAAGAAAAGUGCUCAUAGUUCUUGAUGAUGUAGAUCGUGUGGAACAGAUGGAUGCACUAGCCAUCGAUCCAAGGGUCCUCUGUCGUGGGAGUAGAAUUAUUGUAACUACUAGAAAUAUUUCAUCCUUGUACUCGCUUCAAUCGGUGCUUAGCAUGUAUGAGCUUGAGCUGUUGAAUAAGGAUGAAUCUCUUCAACUCUUUAGUUUGCAUGCCUUCAACCAACAUAAUCCCCCAGAGGGCUUUAUGGAGCUUUCAAAUACAGUGGUGGAUUAUGCCAGGGGUAUUCCAUUAGUUCUUGAAAUUUGGGGUUGCUUUUUGAAUGGCAACAACGAUCAAUCUGAAUGGAGAAGUGCAAUUGCAAAAAUGAAAAAGAUUCCUCAUGAUGACGUUCAAGGAAAACUAAGGAUUAGUUUUGAUUCACUAGAUGAAAAAGAGGAAAAAUUGUUCCUAGAAAUAGCAUGCUUUUUUUUUCGUGAGAGUAAAAACUUUACCAUUCAAGUAUUGCAAGACUACGAGAUAUUUCCAGAAAUUGGAUUUCGGCGCUUGGAGAAUCUAUGUCUCCUAAAAUGUGUAGGACCUCUAAUUGUAAUGCAUGAUAUUCUCAAGCAGAUGGGUAGGGAGAUAGUUCGACAAGAGAAUGUUGACUAUCCAGGAAAACGCAGUAGAUUAUGGGAUUACAAGGAUGCCCUUAACGUGCUGAAAAAUUGUGAGGGAACUGAAGCAGUUGAGGGCCUUAUCCUGUUGCACAAUGGAAAAGAUAUUAAAGUGAAAGCAAAAGCAUUUCAAAAGAUGACAAGACUGAGGGUGCUUCAUCUUGAUCAUGUUCGACUUAGUACUGGCUACAAGCAUUUGUCCAGAAAUUUAGUAUGGCUACGUUGGCAUCACUUUGGUCUCAGAGUUUUGCCAUUGCAGUUAUACUUAGAGAAUUUGGUUGCUCUCGACCUAAGUUAUAGCAACAUAAAACGACUUUGGAUGGGACCUAAGGUUUUAAGUAAACUAAAAUUUCUUGACCUCAGUUAUUGUUAUAAUUUAACCACAACUCCUAAUUUUCAUGGGCUCCCCAAUAUUGAGGAGUUGUAUCUUAGAAGUUGCAUGAGAUUGCAAGAGGUGGAUAAGUCUAUUGGACAUCUUGACAAAUUACGUGUUCUAAACCUCAAGCAUUGUAGGAGGCUUAAGAAGUUUACUACUAAUUUCUCUCGGCUCCCCAACCUUGAGGAAUUGUUUCUUAGCUUUUGCGUAAGUUUGCAAGAGGUGGAUAAGUCUAUUGGACAUCUCGACAAAUUACGUGUUCUAGACCUCGAGGAUUGCUGGAGGCUUAAGAAGCUUACUCCUAAUUUCUCUGGGCUCCCCAAUCUUGAGGAAUUGGUUCUUAGAAAUUGUGUAAGAUUGCAACAGGUCGAUAAGUGUAUUGGACAUCUCGACAAAUUACGUUAUCUAAACGUCAAUGGUUGCGAGAGCCUUCCGAAGCUUCUGUCAGAGAUGGGUAUAAAACAAGAUUGGAGAGUAACUAAGGUUUUAUGUAAAUUAAAAUUUCUUGAAUUCCGUUGUUGUCAUAACUUAACCACAACUCCUAAUUUCUCUUGGAUCCCCAAUAUUGAGAUAUUGUUUCUUACCAAUUGUAUAAGAUUGCAAGAGGUGGAUAAGUCUAUUGGACAUUUACACAAAUUGCGUGUUCUACACGUCAAUUGUUGCAAAAGCCUUAGGAAGCUUCCGUCGGAGAUGGCAAACUUGAAAUCUCUUGAACAAGUAGCGAUCUAUGGCUCCCCAAACGAACUUCAAAUAUUGGCAAAAAAGAGUACAGGUUCUCUUGGGUUGUCAUUAAACUUUUUACAGGGCUUAAGGUGCUUAAAGUCAUUGCGCAUAGAACAUUGCUCUAUGACUCAAUUACCUGAUGAAAUUGGGAGUUUGAUCUCAUUAACCCAUUUGAAUAUUCUCCGUUCCAAGUUUAGUUGCUUGCCAAAGAGUAUAUGCAACCUUACAAAAUUGCAACGUUUAAGGAUUGAAUAUUGCGAUAUGUCAAAUCUGCCUAGUGAAUUUGGGAGAUUGAACCGAUUGGAAGUAUUGAAUCUUCAAGGAAAUAAAUUUUGUAGCCUGCCAGAGAGCAUCAGUGACCUUACUAACUUACAGAAACUCGAUUUGUCUUAUUGUGAAAGACUCCAAUCACUCCCAAAGCUUUCAGGUGGUCCAUGUUUGAUCAUCGCUGUUAACAGUUACCCAUCAUUAAGAAGAAUAUCACUCGAAUCAAUCACAAAUAGUAGAAUCAUGUCUUGUUACAUGUGUCCUAAAUUGGACAUGAAUCAUUUUGCCCACGAAAUUGGAACAAGUUUUUUCAGCUACAAGGUUGUAGGUUCAUUUACAAUUCAUUAUUUAGAGGGAAUGUUUCCUGAUUGGUUGCAACAUGAGACCACAAAUUCAUAUUAUGCUCUCAAGGUGCCACCUCUUGGAGUCGGAAAUAAGCAUUUUAUUCGAUGCAUUUUUUAUGUUGUCUACAGGGUUGAGGUUCGGGGUCGUUCUUGGUCAAUGGGAUACAAACUCCGCAACAAAACCAAAGACGUUUUUAUUGAUAUCGCCAUUGCAUCUAAGGUGUAUGUGCCUCUUGCUACCACAGAUAUUAGAGAUCCAAUCAUUUUUGAGUAUAGGUCUUUUCAUGUAGACAAGUUGGACUUGGAAGAAGGCGAUGAAAUAGAAAUUUCUUGGAAUUAUGAAAACGUGGUUUUGAAGAAAUGGGGAAUUCAUGUCAGUUUUGACACAACUGAUGAUCAUCAUUAGUAGUAAGUCCCUCUCAAACACAAGAUUGAAGAUUGAUUGAAUCAAGAAAUUGAUGAAAUCUAUUUUUUGUAGCAUAUAUAUAUAUAUAAAUAUAUAUAACCAUUUAGCCAUGUUUUUUAAAUUCUUAUCCCCAUUUGUUACUAGUAAGUCCCUCUCUAACACAAGAUUGAUGAUCAUCAUUUGUUGUUGGCAUGUUUUUUAAAUUCUUAUCCCCAUGUGACUAGGGUUAAUGUCACAUGACACAUUAAAUCAAUUUAUACUUUACAU